GACAGUAAUACGGAGCACCAAGUAACUCCAAUUAUGAUAACUACAUUCGUAUUACAAAUUCCGAAUAUUGUAAUAGUACCGCCGAUAGAAGAUCUACAAUAUUACUUCGGAAAACUAAUAAUCAGUGUCCUAGAAACUCAUACACAUAUAAUUACAUGGGGACAACGUUAUACAAGUAUGAGAAUGGCAGGUGGUGGCGAUAAUGUACAAAUGAGUCCCACAGGAUCAUUGAAGAAUUAUUAUCACAUACUAUCUGAUCACAAAGAAAUAGUGCGCAGUGUAAUGAGCUUGCAGGGUGCAAUUUCUUCCUUCAAAGAUGAUAUCGCGGAACUUGGAAAUAUAUAUUUACGAUAUUCUUACAUAUGGUCCGAAGACAGGAACAAGAUCAUUCAGGAUUUUGUUGAUUCUGAACCUAUCAUUCAAGAGGUCAAAGAGAAAUUGAUGGAGUAUGAUAAGUUAGUGAAAGAAAUAGAGAAUUUACCGGAGAAACAUAUUGUCGGACCUAUAGAAAUUAAAAUGGAUAAAUUGAAAUUAGCACUUUUAGUUGAAGCACGUACAUGGAAAGCAGUAUUGGGUCAAAUGUUGUCUACUAUGUACAAAGAGAAACUUCGAAAGAUCACUGAAUACAUUAACGAGAAGAAUAAAACUUUAGCUAGAGAGAUAAAAGACUUGCAAGAUGUUAGAGUCGCGAUGAAAUGCUUGAGCGAGAUACGAGAUGAUUUUAUAUCCUUGGAUAUGGAAUUGAUAUUGAUAGAAGAAACGUAUACAUUGAUGGGUAAAUUCAACAUUCCAGUCUCGAAAGAGGAGCAAGAUAUUGUUGAUAGUCUUCGAUAUAACUUUACAAAUAUGUUAAAUACGGCGAAACAAGUUCAAGCAAAAAUAUGCGAGAUGCAAGAACCAUUAAAGAAAGAACUGACGGAUGGUGUUGCAGCUUUUAAAGAAGAUGUGAUUGUCUUUGAUCGUGAUUUUGAGUUGCACGGUCCAAUGGUCGAGGGCAUACCAGCAAAAGAAGCUAGUGAUCGACUUCUUCUAUUUCAAGCACGUCUCGAUGAAUUGUGGGAAAAGUAUCUUACCUACAGCAGUGGCGAGAGCUUGUUUGGUAUAGAGGUGACUGAGUAUCCAGCUCUACAACAAAGAAAAAGAGAAAUAAAUUUAUUACAGAAAUUGUAUUCCCUUUAUUUGCAAGUGAAUCGGACGAUUGAUAGUUACUAUGAGAUACCUUGGUCCGAAAUUGAUAUUGAAUCUAUAGUCACAGAAUUGGCUGACUUCCAGAAUAGAUGUAGAAGGCUACCAACUGCUAUGAGAGACUGGCCUGCCUACAUCGACUUAAAGAAGAAGAUUGAUGAUUUCAACGAGACUUGUCCGCUAUUAGAACUGAUGGCGAAUAAGGCGAUGCAAGAAAGACAUUGGGAAAGGAUGUCCAAGUUGUGUAAAUAUCACUUCGACGUUGAGUCUGAUACUUUCACCUUGGCAAAUGUGAUGCAAGCUCCUUUGUUGAAGUACAAGGACGAUGUUGAGGAUAUAUGUAUCAGUGCAGGGAAGGAAUUGGAUAUUGACAGUAAACUGAAGCAAAUUGUUGCUGAAUGGGCCACUGUGGAUUUGCAAUUUUCUCAUUUUAAGCAGAGAGGAGAAUUGCUCCUAAAAGGUACAGAAACGGCUGAGAUAAUAUCUUCACUUGAAGACAGCUUGAUGGUGAUCAGUUCACUCUUAGCCAACCGCUACAAUGCACCAUUUAAAAAGGACAUUCAACUGUGGCAAUUCAAACUCAGUAAUACCUCUGAAAUCUUAGCUAAGUGGUUAACUGUGCAGAACCUAUGGGCCUACUUAGAGGCAGUGUUCAUUGGUGGUGAUAUAUCCAAGCAGCUUCCAGCAGAAGCAAAACGUUUCAAUAAUAUUGACAAAGCUUGGGUCAAAAUCAUGUAUAGAGCGCGUGAGAGACAGAACGCCGUGGAAACAUGUACUGGAGAUGAAACAAUGGGUCAGUUUUUGCCUCAUUUAUUGGAACAAUUGGAAUCUUGUCAGAAAUCUCUUAGCGGCUACUUGGAGACAAAACGUAGUAUAUUCCCGAGGUUCUGCUUUAUAUCAGAUCCUACAUUGUUAGAGAUACUAGGACAAGCAGCUGACUGUCAUACCAUACAAAAAUAUCUUGACGGCUUUUUCGACAAUAUAGGAAAGUUAGAUUUUGCCGAGAAGGAAUAUGAGAAAAUUAUAGCCAUGUAUUCUCGUGAAAAUGAACGUAUAGUAUUGGAAAAGGAAGUCAUAUGUACAGGAGGUGUAGAAAACUGGCUGAAUACUUUACUAAUAGUCCAUCAGCUGUCUGUAGGCAGUGUGAUCUCCCAAGGAUUGCAAUCUAUGAACACCGAGGAGUUUGACUUUAUACAAUUAAUUGAUAAUUCUGUUUUACAAGUGGGCCUAUUAGCUUUACAAGUUCUGUGGACUCGUGAUUCCGAGAUAGCGCUAAAUACAGUUAAACGGGACAGAACAGUGAUGAAGAGGACAAAUCAGUGGUUCCUUGAUUUAUUAAAUCUUCUGAUUGAAGCGACUGUCAAGGAUCUGACUAAAUAUGCGAGAGCUAAAUACGAGGCUUUAAUUACUAUACACGUACAUCAAAGAGAUAUCUUCGACGAGUUAUGCCAUUAUAGAAUUCGUAGUGCACAAGACUUUGAAUGGUUGAAGCAGAUCAGAUUUUAUUACAAUACCGAGUCGGAAGAUAUUCCUAUAAAAAUUACUGACAUAGAUUUCAUGUAUCAGAAUGAGUUCUUAGGCUGCACCGAUCGUCUUGCUAUUACACCUCUUACAGAUAGGUGUUACAUAACGUUGGCCCAAGCUGUGGGCAUGAACUUUGGCGGUGCACCAGCUGGUCCCGCUGGUACUGGAAAAACAGAGACUACUAAAGAUAUGGGGAAAGCCCUUGGAAAGUACGUGGUUGUCUUCAAUUGCUCCGAUCAGAUGGAUUUUCGUGGGCUCGGUAGAAUAUUCAAAGGAUUGGCCAUGUCCGGAUCAUGGGGAUGCUUCGACGAAUUUAAUCGUAUUGAUUUACCAGUUCUAUCCGUGGCUGCCCAACAAAUAGCAAUCGUUCUUGCGGCGCGAAAAGAAAGAAAAUUAUCUUUCGUGUUCAGCGAUGGUGAAACGUAUAAAAUAAAUUAUGAGUUUGGACUGUUUAUCACAAUGAAUCCAGGCUAUGCUGGUCGUCAAGAGCUGCCGGAGAAUUUGAAAAUUCAGUUUAGGAGUGUGGCCAUGAUGGUUCCUGAUAGACAAAUAAUUAUGCGUGUAAAACUGGCAGCCUGUGGUUUCAAAGAAAAUGUUCUGUUAUCGCGAAAAUUUUUCACGCUGUAUAAGUUGUGCGAAGAACAACUCAGCAAACAGGUGCAUUACGAUUUUGGUUUGAGAAAUAUAUUAUCGUGCUUGAGAACUCUUGGUGCACAGAAACGUGCAAAUCCUACGGACUCGGAAGAAACUACUCUGAUGAGAGUGUUAAGAGACAUGAAUUUAUCGAAGUUGGUGGAUGAAGACGAGCCUCUGUUCAUGUCCCUGAUAGAGGAUAUGUUCCCAGGAAUUAAACUCAGAACUCAAACGUACAAGGACUUACAGAAAGCAAUUGCAAAUGCAACUGUGGCACUUGGUAUAAUGAAUCAUCCAGAAUGGAAUUUGAAAACAGUUCAAUUGUACGAGACCUCUCUUGUGCGUCACGGUUUGAUGGUACUUGGGCCCACAGGUGCUGGAAAGACUCAGUGUAUGUGGGCACUAAUGAAGGCUCUAACAGAGAUGGGCAUGCCGCACAAAGAAGUUCGAAUGAAUCCAAAAGCCAUUACUGCUGCUCAAAUGUUUGGAAGGCUGGAUGUUGCAACAAAUGAUUGGACUGACGGUAUAUUCUCCACCCUGUGGAGAAGAUCAACGCAGAUAAAGAAAACGGACAAUCUAUGGAUCGUUUUGGACGGACCUGUGGAUGCAGUUUGGAUCGAGAACUUGAAUUCUGUUUUAGACGAUAACAAAACCUUGACUUUGGCCAAUGGUGAUCGGAUAAUAAUGGUGCCGAAUUCGAAGUUGGUUUUUGAGCCAGAUAAUGUUGACAAUGCAUCUCCAGCUACAAUAUCAAGAAUGGGAAUGGUAUUUAUAAGCGCAUCUGUACUAAAAUGGAAUCCCAUUCUCGAGGGAUGGUUUAUAAAACGAUCAAAUACAGAACUGACAAUACUGCGCAAUUUGUUUAAGAAAGUAUACAAUGAUGCUCAUACCUUUGUUCAGACAAAGCUCCCAGUAAAAAUGAAGCUUCUAGAAGCAAUUUACAUAAGACAAUGCAUAGAUUUAUUAGAAGGUUUACUGGGUCAAGACGUGUUGCCGGCUCAUCACAUUGAGAAGAUAUUCCUGUUUUCUCUCAUGUGGAGUCUGGGAGCUGUAUUGGAGUUAGAAGAACGUAAUGCUUUGCAGGAAUUUUUACUUAAUCAUGAAUCAAAGUGCAAUUGGCCACGCAUCAAGGAAGACGAAACUAUUUUUGAGUACUUAGUAUCGGAAACUGGAGAAUGGCUGCAUUGGUCUGAGAGAGUACCAGAAUUUAUAUAUCCUCCAGAUGAGAUUCUACCAUAUCAUUCAAUUCUAAUUCCUAAUAUAGAUAAUACAAGAACAAUGUCCUUGAUUGAUACUAUUGCAAAGCAAGGAAAGGCAGUGUUAUUGAUAGGUGAACAAGGUACUGCAAAGACUGUAAUGAUCAAAAGCUACAUGUCCCAAUACGAUCCCGAAAUACACCUGCAUAAAUCCUUCAGUUUCUCGUCAGCAUCUACCCCUAACAUGGUUCAGCGCGUAUUUGAAAGUUAUGUGGAGAAAAGAGUUGGAACAACUUAUGGGCCUCCAGGUGGUCGGCAAAUAACCAUUUUCAUCGAUGAUAUAAAUAUGCCAGCUAUUAAUGAAUGGGGCGAUCAAAUUACUAACGAGAUUGUUCGCCAAUUGAUGGAAUAUAAAGGCUUCUAUUCUCUGGAUAAGCCGGGUGACUUUUCCACAAUACAAGACAUUCAGCUGAUUGCUGCUAUGAUUCAUCCAGGUGGCGGUAGGAACGACAUUCCUCCGAGGCUCAAGAGACAGUUCAAUAUUUUUAAUUGCACACUACCAUCCAACAAGUCCAUGGACACCAUAUUCAAAAACAUUGGUCAAGGAUACUUCUGCAGCACUAGAUUCGACGAUGUUAUUGUGAACUUCUUGCCAAAAUUAAUACCUCUAACCAGACUUCUGUGGCAGCAGACUAAGUUGAAGAUGUUACCUACACCAGCAAAGUUUCAUUAUGUCUUCAACUUAAGAGACUUAUCUCGAAUUUGGGAAGGAAUCCUUAGGGUAGAGAGAAACGAGUGUCGCUCUAUAACCAUUUUAUUGAAACUCUGGAAGCACGAAUGCAUUCGCGUGAUCGCAGAUCGAUUCACCAGUGAUACAGACACUAACUGGUUCCUAAAUACCCUAAAACGUACAGCCGAGAAAAUGUUAGGCUCCGAUUAUAAGUACUAUGUUUCCACGGAAACAUACUUCGUGAAUUUCUUGCGUGAACCACCUGAACCCACUGGGGAUGAGCCAGAUGACUUCGUGUUUGAAGCACCAAAAAUCUACGAAGAGAUGCCGAGUUAUGAAGCUGUAAUAACGAAAGUUCGACAAAAUAUGGAACAAUUUAAUGAAUAUAUUCGUGGAUUGCAUCUCGAUUUAGUGUUCUUUCAUGACGCUUUGGUACAUUUGAUACGUAUAUCAAGAAUACUUGGGGUUCCCCGUAGUAACGCCAUGUUAGUAGGAGUUGGAGGUUCAGGGAAACAAAGUUUGACUCGUUUGACUUCUUUUAUCGCGGGCUUUAGCUUCUUCCAAAUAACGUUAUCUAGGAGUUACAAUAUUGGAAGCUUAAUGGAGGAUCUACGAAGGCUUUAUCGCACUUCCGGUACAGGCAGCAAAGGGCAUACCUUCAUAUUUACCGAUAACGAGAUAAAAGAAGAAGGCUUUUUAGAAUAUAUAAACAAUAUACUCAGUGUUGGAGAAGUUGCAAAUCUUUUUCCAGCAGACGAACUCGAUGACAUUUUAUCGAUUGUAACGCCGUUGAUGAAAGUAGAUGAACCAAGGCGACCACCAACACCAGACAAUCUUUAUGAUUACUUUAUAUCCCGCGCUAGAAACAAUUUGCAUGUAGUUUUGUGUUUCUCACCGGUUGGCGAAAAGUUUAGAUCCCGAGCGCUUAAGUUUCCUGGUCUUAUUUCCGGUUGUACGAUAAACUGGUUCUGGAGAUGGCCACGGGACGCGUUAUACGCCGUGGGUGAUCACUUCCUGAAGAAAUUUAAAAUAAUUUGCUCGCCGGAAGUGAAGCAAAAUUUGAUCGAAGUGAUGGGAAAUAUACAGGAUGAUAUUAAUGAUGUUUGCGUGGAAUACUUCGAUAGGUUCAGAAGACAAGUAUACGUCACUCCAAAAUCAUUUUUAACUUUCCUGAGCGGAUACAAGACUCUUUACAAACAGCGCUUGGACAAUAUCAAUACUCUAGCUUUCCGUAUGAGCAAUGGCUUGAACAAAUUAGUGGAUGCCGCAGCCCAGGUCGACGAGCUGCGAAAGGUGUUGGAGAAGAACCAACAGGAGAUCGCGCAGAAGAAUAUCCAAGUGGAAGCUAUUUUGAUAACUGUCAACGAGAAAAAGCAAGAAGCAGAGACGGUUAAAGCUCACGUGCAAACAUCUAAAGACGAAGCGGAAGCUCUAUUGAAAGUAAUAGCAAAGGAAAAAGCGGUGGCAGAACAAAAACUGAAAGCUGCAGAGCCGGCCCUGUUGGCUGCGGAAGCAGCAUUACAAACUAUUAAAGCUGCCGACAUUGCUACAGUACGUAAGCUAGGUAAACCACCAUACCUGAUUACCCUUAUAAUGGACUGUGUCUUAAUACUUUUUGGAAGAAAAUUGGAAUCAGUUAAGCCUGAUUACGAACGGCAGUUUCUGAUACCAUCAUGGUCCGAUGCAUUAAAGGCAAUGGCGGACACCAGAUUUCUAUUUAACUUGCAAAACUUCCCGAAGGAUAAUAUCAACGCAGAGACUGUUGAUUUGAUGCAACCGUAUUUAAAUUAUCAUAUGUACACCUAUGAGGCUGCAAAACAAGCUUGCGGCAAUGUUGCAGGUCUCAUUCAGUGGACCAUUUCUAUGGUUACAUUUUACGAGAUAAAUAAGGACGUUCUUCCGUUGAAAGCAAAUUUGGCUGUACAAGAAAACAAGUACGAGAAAGCGAAUCGAAGCUUGAGCGAGGCUGAAAGUCUCCUUAAAGCCAAAGACGAAGAUUUAAAGAUUGUGCAAAAAGAGUUUGAUGGUGUCAUGGAAGAACGUCAAGCGAUAGUUGAUUUAGCUGAAGCUUGUCAGGCUAAAACAGAUACAGCAACAGCCAUGAUUGAAGGACUUUCUGGCGAAAGAAUUAGAUGGACAGAACAAUUGGCUACUUUUAAAUCAGAAACGGAUCGUCUUGUUGGGGAUAUAUUAAUUCUAACGGGUUUCUUAUCAUAUUGCGGGCCAUUUAAUCAGGAAUUUAGAACUCUGUUGCAACGGAAAUGGUUCGAUUUUAUUCAAGGUAGAAAAAUUCCGGUCUCUAUGGUAAUAAAUAUCUCGGCCACGUUGACCGACACUGCUACUAUCGGAGAAUGGAGUUUACAAGGGCUACCAACUGACGAUUUGUCAAUUCAAAAUGGAAUUAUAGUAACAAAGGCAUCCAGAUUCCCACUUUUAAUUGAUCCUCAGUUGCAAGGAAAGGCAUGGAUAAAAAAAAAAGAGGAAGAGUGUAAUUUACAGCCGACACUGCUCACGCACAAAUAUUUCAGAAAUCAUUUAGAAGAUUGCGUGUCUCUUGGUCGUCCUUUACUUAUUGAGGAUGUGGCAGAAGAAUUGGAUCCCGUAUUAGAUAAUUUAUUAGAAAAAAAUUUUAUUAAGAUUGGGACGUCUUUGAAGGUGAAGUUAGGAGACAAAGAAGUUGAUAUCCACCGAGAUUUUAGACUUUAUAUCACUACAAAGUUACCAAAUCCAUCAUAUACACCAGAAGUGUUUGCUCGCACUGCUAUAAUUGAUUUCACAGUUACCAUAAAAGGCCUAGAAGAUCAACUUUUAGGAAGAGUUAUUUUAACAGAAAGAAAGGAACUCGAAACAGAGAAAACACAAUUGAUUGCAGACGUGACGGCAAAUAAUCGAAAGAUUAAAGAAUUAGAAGCAAAUCUGUUACACAAAUUGACUACCGUAGAGGGUCCUUUGAUAGAAGACGUAGAACUAAUGUCUGUAUUGAACACGACAAAACAAACGGCAGCUGAGAUCACCGAGAAGCUCAGCAUCGCAAAAGACACAGAAUUAAGAAUUGAUACGGCGCGUGAAGAAUUCAGACCAGUCGCAACUCGUGGCAGCGUCUUAUACUUUUUAAUUUGCGACAUGGCUCUGGUAAAUUGUAUGUACCAAACCUCGCUCGUCCAAUUCCUGGAGCGUUUUGACAUUUCCAUGGAAAGAUCUGAAAAGAGUCCAGUUAAUCAAAGAAGAAUAAACUAUAUUAUCGACUACCUCACCUAUGAGAUAUUCAGAUAUAAAGCACGAGGUCUUUAUGAAAUCCACAAGUACAUGUUCAUCUUAUUAAUGACGCUGAAAAUUGAUUUACAACGCGAUGCUAUCACCUACGAUGAGUUUCAGUACUUCAUCAAGGGUGGUGCAGCCUUAGACUUGAACAAUGUUCAACCAAAACCGUGCAAAUGGAUGUCUGACGUUUCUUGGCUGAAUUUAGUUGCACUAUCUUCAUUAAGACAAUUUCAAUACAUUCUUUCUCAGGUAGGGACUUCUGAGAAACAGUGGAAACAAUGGUUUGAUAAAGAAACUCCGGAGGAGGAAGUUAUACCAAAUGGAUACAACACUUUGGACAGUUUUCGACGUUUGUUGCUAAUAAGAGCCUGGUGCAUGGAUAGAACAUUAUCACAGUCAAGGAAGUACAUAGCAAAUGCGCUGGGUGAAAGAUAUGCGGAACCCAUAAUUACACUUUUAGAUGUAAUGCAUACUGAAUCAAGACCAAAUACGCCAAUGAUAUGCUUCUUAAGUAUGGGAUCUGAUCCCACUACGAGCAUUCAGCAACUUGCUAAGAAGAAAGAGAUGGUGUGUAAAAGUAUUUCAAUGGGGCAAGGUCAAGAAGUUCAUGCGCGAAGAUUACUUCAGAGCGCAAAAACGGAAGGCUUCUGGGCCUUGUGUCAGAAUUGCCAUCUAGGUUUAGAGUACAUGGCAGAAGUAGUAAAUUUUCUUCUCGAAAUGGAUGCACCACAUCCUGAUUUCCGUAUAUGGAUAACCACCGAACCACACAAAGAUUUCCCCAUCUCCCUUCUCCAAAUGUCUAUAAAAUAUACUUACGAGCCUCCACAAGGAGUAAGAGCAGGUUUACUUGCCACAUAUAGUGGCAUGAAUCAGGAAAUGCUAGACCAGUGCGAUGCCGCGCAAUAUAUACCGAUUAUUUAUACCGUAUCAUUUUUGCACACUGUUGUUCAAGAACGGCGGAAGUUUGGUCCUCUUGGAUGGAACAUACCAUAUGAAUUCAAUAUGGCUGAUUGGUUGGCAUCUUGUAUGUUUGUUAAUAAUCAUUUAAAUGACUUUGAUGUGAAGCAAGGGAUCAGUUGGUCGACUAUACGGUACAUGAUAGGAGAAGUCCAAUAUGGAGGACGUGUCACAGACGAUUAUGACAAAAGAUUAUUGAACACAUUCGCCAAAAUAUGGUUUUCAGAGUCACUUUUUGUGGAGGAUUUCGCAUUCUUCAAAGGAUAUUCUGUACUUGUGUACAAGCAAGUUACAGAUUACUUAAAAGUGAUAGAUGAAAUGCCUACUGUAGAUCCUCCUCAAGUUUAUGGGUUACACCGUAAUGCGGACAUUACAUAUCAGAGCAACACUACACAAGCUGUUUUGGAUACUAUAAUGUCUGUACAACCAAAAGAAGCAGGUGUUGGAGGUGGUGAAUCUAGGGAAGUAAGUGUAGCAAAGCAAGCAAAAGAGAUGCUAAAAAAACUACCUCAAAUGUAUGAUCCGUUUGAAGUAAAACACAGAUUGCAAAUAUUGGGUGCAACUGCAUCAAUGAGUAUUUUCUUGAAACAAGAAAUAGACAGGAUACAAGUAGUUAUUAAAUUAGUUAAUAUUGUUCUCAAGGACCUUCUUCUUGCUAUAGAAGGUGUUAUUAUAAUGAGUGAGGAAUUGAGAGAUGCUCUGGAUAGUAUAUAUGAUGCCAGAAUACCAACAGUGUGGAAGGUAAAGUCCUGGGAAUCUUCGUCCCUUGGAUUCUGGUUUACUGAAUUAUUGGAUAGAAAUAGACAGUUUUCGACUUGGUUGUAUCAUGGUAGGCCAACUAAGUUUUGGAUGACUGGAUUCUUUAAUCCUCAGGGCUUCUUGACUGCAAUGCGACAAGAAGUAACAAGAGCCCACAAAGGUUGGGCUCUGGAUAAUGUAACACUUCAUAAUGAAGUUUUACGUUAUACAGCAGAUGAAGUUAAAGCUCCACCUCCAGAAGGAGUUUUUGUGUAUGGAUUAUUCCUUGAAGGAGCUGGUUGGGAUAAAAGGAACAACCGGCUUUGUGAAUCAGCAAACAAAGUUCUAUUUGUGCUAAUGCCUGUAAUCCAUAUUUUUGCUCUUUACAACAUCCCGGAUAAAGAUCCUAAAUUGUAUCAGUGUCCAGUAUAUAAAAAACCACAAAGAACUUAUGUGCAGUUGAUAACACCAUUGUGGUUGCAGACCAUAAGACCACCUGAGUUUUGGGUUAUACGUGGAGUUGCUUUAUUAUGUGAUAUUAAAUAG